CAUUCUUCUUCAACGUCACCGUGUAUUGACCACUUUCAGAAAUUUCAACCUCAACUUCCUCACUUCAAACACUCCUAUAAAUUCACACCAGAUCCAUUAAUUUUAUUAUAAACUUAUCACAAAAACAUUAUGGGGUUUCCAAUUGGGUACACAGAGGUUUACCUACCCAGGUUGUUAAUCUAUGUUCUAACAGUUUUGGGUUUCAUUAGAAAACUCAUUUCCAACAUUUUUCGGGUAGUCGGGUUAGGGGAUUUCUUAGAACCCGAGUUUACACCCGAGCUUACCCGAACAGAAAUGUCGUCGUUGAAUAAUCAAGUUCGAUCGGCUUCUGCUUUGCUUAUUCGUGAGAUGCUUCCAGUGGUGAAGUAUUCGGAGCUUGUGGACCCGCCGGAGAGUUGCGCUGUGUGUUUGUAUGAGUUUGAUGCCGGAGAUGAGAUCCGGCGGUUGACGAAUUGCCGGCAUGUGUUUCACCGGAGUUGUGUUGACCGGUGGAUGGACCAUGAUCAGAAAACUUGCCCGCUUUGUCGGUCGCCUUUUAUUUCUGUUGAGUUACGGGAUUCGUUUAACGAGCGGUUGUGGGCGGGUUCUGGGAUCGGGGAUUACUACGACGAGUAGUUGGAGAUUAUUAAUUAAUGGAUUUAUGGACCAUGCGUCGUUUCUUUUAAAGGUGGAGGAUUCAAAUCCUGCGAGAUGACGUUACAGGAUAGAUUAGUUUAAUUAAAAUAUUUUGAUUUUAAUUACUUUAAGUUAUAUUAGUGGGUGGUAGAUUGGUGAUGGUGUUAUAUAUAUGAUGCAUGUGUAUAUAGGAAUGAAAAAAGUUCCAUUGUUGAAGUUUAUAGGAAUGUUUAUUUGUUUUUGUUCAUCA